UGGAUCACUGCUACAGUUCUGGAGCACAUGUUGACUACAGAGCAGAGAGGAGAGCUGCCCAAGACCCUGACUGACAUGUACUCACACUUCCUGCUGGUUCAGAUAAAGAGGAAGAAGAACAAGUACCAUGAGGGACAUGAGACGAGUCCACAGGAGCUGACGGAGGCUGACAGUGAAGUUCUUCUGAAACUGGGGAGACUGGCGUUUGAACAUCUGGAGAAAGGAAACAUCAUGUUCUACCAAGAAGACCUGGAGCAGUGUGGUCUGGAUGUGACAGAGGCCUCGGUGUACUCAGGAGUUUGUACAGAGAUCUUCAAAAGAGAGUGUGUGAUCUUCCAGAAACCAGUCUACUGCUUUGUUCAUCUGAGCAUUCAGGAGUUUCUGGCUGCAGUCUACAUGUUCCACUGUUUUACCAACAGGAAGACGGAGGUGCUGAGGAACUUCCUGGCAGAUUUUUGUAAUGAUUCUAAAUUACAUUUUGAUUAUUAUGACUUAGAUCACCGAGAAAUGAUUCCCCACAUUAAAACAUCUCUGCAUGAAUCCUCUUUGGAUGGUUUUUUAAAGAGAGCCAUGGAGAAAUCCCUCCAAAGUAAAAAUGGCCACCUGGACCUGGUUGUUCGCUUCCUUCAUGGCCUCUGUCUGGAGUCCAACCAGAGACUCUUAGGAGGUCUCCUGGGUCAGACAGAGAUCAGUCCAGAAAUAAUACAAAGAGUCAUUGAGAACCUGAAGAAGAUGACCAUGUCUGAUGGAGAUUAA